GGCACAACUUGUACUUAGCCACCAGCAACUAAACCUUCCACACCUCUACAUUCCUUCUUCCUUUGGUCUUGAUAUUCUCAUUGAUUUUCAUUUCUAAUCUAUCAGGGAGUUAGAAUGGCAAGUUUCAAGACAGUCCGAGCAUUAGGGCGCUUGCGACCUGUGGCAGCAGCCUCCUCUCGAGCUGCCACAUUCGCACCCCCGUCAUUCCCCCUCCCUGUCAUCCAGCACGCCUCGCAUCGACGCUCGUACGCCUCAAAGAAGCACCCCAAGGGUUUUGAGGCUCCUUCAGCCGCCGACCUCGCCGAGCUACGCGAACGUGUGCAGGAGUUUGUCCGCCGUGAGAUCACGGAGGAGGUCGCAGCGCAUACAGACAAGAGCAACGCGUUCCCAAACGACAUGUGGCCGAAGCUAGGUGAGGCGGGCUUCCUGGGCAUGACGGCAGACGAAGAGGUCGGUGGUCUAGCGAUGGGAUACCAGGCGCAUUGCGUUGUCAUGGAGGAGCUGUCGCGAGCCAGUGGCAGCAUAGCGCUAAGCUACGCAGCCCACUCCCAGCUGUGCGUCAACCAGUUGCAGCUCAACGGGUCAGCCGCACAGAAGGAGAAGUUCCUCCCUGGUCUGAUUGCAGGCACGAAGAUCGGCGCGCUCGCCAUGUCUGAGUCUUCGGCCGGAAGUGAUGUUGUUAGCAUGCGCACGAGCGCCAAGAAGGUCGACGGUGGCUAUGUGCUCAAUGGUACCAAGAUGUGGAUUACAAAUGGUCCUGACGCCGACGUUGUCGUUGUCUACGCUAAGACGCGACCUGAUGCCGGGUCUAAGGGCAUCACAGCCUUCAUCGUCGACACGAAGACUGAGGGCUUCAGCUGCGCUCGUAAGCUCGACAAGAUGGGCAUGCGCGGCAGCAAUACUGGUGAACUAGUUCUCGAGUCCGUCUUCGUGCCCGAUGAACACGUUCUUGGCUCUGUCGACGGCGGUGUUCGCGUAUUGAUGGAAGGGCUGGACCUAGAGCGUCUCGUCCUUAGCGCGGGGCCCCUCGGUCUAAUGCAAGCCUCCCUAGACGUCGCGUUGCCGUUUACUCAUCAGCGAAAGCAGUUCGGCAGCCCUAUUGCCCACAACCAACUUGUGCAGGGCAAGCUAGCCGACAUGUACACCAAGUUGCAGGCAGCGCGGGCGUACACUUACGCCACGGCCAAGGCCGUUGAUGAAGAGGGCAUUAUCCGUACACAGGACUGCGCGGGCGCAAUCCUAUACGCUGCAGAGCGGGCAACGGAAUGCGCCCUCGAUUGCAUCCAACUUCUAGGUGGUAUGGGCUACAUGGAAGAGAUGCCCGCUUCUAGGAUAUUACGAGAUGCCAAGCUAUACGAGAUCGGUGCAGGAACCUCGGAAGUCCGCCGCAUGGUAAUCGGACGGGCGUUUAACAAAGAGUAUGCACACUUAGGGGCAUAGAUGUCUGAGAGAAAAAACUCGGGCACCCACGAGCGAUGUUACUGCAUUCAGCCGGCGUUUUG